AGUUAUUUUGUUUCAGUAGAUUUCAUUAGAUUUUGUUCAAAAUGUCCAAAAAAUUAUUCGGUUUCGUAUUCGACUCUGUGAUAUCAAGUCCAGAUGGUUUCUAUUGUACGACUUAUAUUAUUGUGAACAAGCUAAACAACCGGAAGAUGAUUUAUGAUAAGAAAGCUACAUGAUACGAAUAACUUUCACCUUUUAAUACAAUAAUAACAUAAAGAUUUUAUUCAUCUAAGCUGCUUUUAUUGUAGAAUAUUUUUGUGUUAAACUAGCGUUUAAAUAAAAGUAAAAAUGCUGGAGAGUACAUACAAGGUUCUAUACAAGUUUAUAGAAUAUUAUAAUUUUAAUUUAAUUAACUUCAUAUUUUUGGGUUUCACUUUGGUGAUUAUUGUUUUCGGGAGUUUAAUUAAUAUUGUAGAGUCGUCAUUACCAGAUUUCUUGCGUCAAUCAUUCCGAUAUGGCAAACAUAGUUUUAGAGGUUCUGCUGAUGCUUUCAUUAAAUACACAGAAGUGCCUAAAAGCUGGUUUAAACAUUUUUAUAUAUUUGCUUUCGCCUGGUCGUUAUUAGCGCUUUUCUUCAUAUUUAAAGGAUUUGUUAUGAAGACUGAGGCACCGGAAUUGGUGCUAACAUUUUUAGACUUUUUCGCUGGUGGCCAAGCAAAUAGAAAGGUACAAGUUGAUUACACUUCCGCCUUGGUGGCUUCUGUGCUUAUGGCUAUCCAAUGUGGUAGACGUUGUUAUGAAACAAACUUCGUACAAAUAUUCUCUAAGAAGAAUAAAAUUAAUAUAAGCCAUUAUUUCGUGGGAUAUACACAUUAUUUUUGUGCAAUAUUAGCUAUUAUGAGCAAUACUGAAGGAUUUGUAAGAGGUACACUACCAGCUUUUUCCUUAAGGCACAUUUCGCUUUUAAAGGUCGGGUGUAUAUUAAUCUUCUACUAUUGUUGGACGCAGCAGUACAAAUCAAAUUUAAUCCUUGUUAACUUGCGUAAGGAUGCUAAAAGUGGAGAAGUAAAAACGGAGAAACAUCUACUGCCCAUUGGAGGAUUUUUUAACUUAGUAUCCUCACCACAUAUGUUUUUUGAAAUCUGCAUGUAUGCUGCCAUUUUGGGACUAUUGCCAGGAAGCACUACUUGGUUGUUAGGCUUUAUUUGGGUUCUCUCUAAUCAGAUAGCAAAUGGCUAUUUAGCGCAUCAAUGGUACAAGGAAAAUUUCGAAAAUUAUCCUAACAAUCGAAAAGCGAUCAUUCCGUACAUUAUAUAGAUAAUGACAAACUUUAGUAAUAUUAUUUAUAAUAA